GUUCGCGGGGCUUGUGCUCGGUGUGUAUAUGGAUCGCUGGAGCUUCAUCCUCGGCGUGGCCGUCGCCGUCAUCCUGCGCAAGGUCGUCGACGUCCUCGGCGAGCCGUAUCACGUCGCGAGCAGCAUCCAAGUGGGCGAGCCCAAGUGGGUGCAGCCCAUCAAGCGGCUGAUGGACGGCGGGCAUGAGGCGAACCGGCAGCUGGCUGUGGGCGACGUGCUCUCGGCCGUGGCGGCGCAGCAGCUGCACCACGCACACACGCUCGCCAAUGCCCUCUCUGCCUCCAUCGAGGCACCGCUCGCGCUGCGCUCCGCCGUCGUGGGCCUCGGCGUGCGCGUGCUGCUGGCGCUGGCGGCCGUCUGGUCGAUGGCUCCGAUCGCCCGCGCCGGCGUGCGGCGGCUGUCGCGCCCGCGGCCCGCCAUGCGCAGCUGGCUCGCGCAGGUCGAGCAGCGGCUGCUCGGCUCUCCCUGGCUCGGCUGCCUCGUCACCGGCCUCAUCCUCGCCGCCGCCGUCGCCGUCAUCGUGCAAGCCGCGCCGCCUCCUCCGCCCUCCCCUCCCGCGGCGGCAGAGUGGCACGAGCGCGCGACGCACCCGUCCGCUGUGAGACCGCCACAGGAGGGCGCGUGCGCCGCCUCCCGGGCGCGGGGGCCGGUGUGGCGCGGCGCCGCCGUCGGCAGCGCCUUUUGGCGCCGGUUGGUCGGCGCGAAAGCCGAUGGUUGCUGCGGCUCGGAGGGCUGCGCCGCGCCGGAUGGGAGUGGCGACGAGGCAGGCUUGCCGCUUCUCUCCGCGCUGACCCGCCUCCUGGGCGGGGGCUACCGCCGCCUCGCCGCCGCGCUGCGCCAGCUGCGGCCCGCGCUGUGCUGCCUCGGCGUCCAGGCCUCCCUCGCCUCCCUGCUGCUACUCGCAAUGCGGCUCCGGCAGCGGCUGCAGCAGCGCGACUCGAGCAACUACGCAAAGCGCGGAGCGGCUCUCGUCGAUGCGCGAGAACCUGAGCCGGUCAACCUCGAGUCCAAGAUCCUCGACCUCGCCGACCAGAGCCGCCGCCGCCGCAUGGCUGGGCUGUACGGGCUGCGCCGGCUCGGCGCAGCGGCGCAGCUGCUCCUCUGCCUCUCUGUCGGCCGCACAUGCUGGCUGCUGCUCUCGCUCGCCCUAGUGCGCGACGACGCGACGGAGACCUCCUUCGUCGACGCGAUGACUUUCACGUCCAUCGCGCCGCGCGUCGAGCGGCUCCUCUCCGCGGCGACGCGCGGCCUUGCCAUCUUUCCGCCCGGCUAUGUCUUUUGGUACGCGGCGGCGCUCGAGCUGCUCAACUGCCGCGGCCCGCGCCUGGCCCAGAUGGCGCUGCUCGGCACCGGCCUCGGCGUCUCGCAGGUCCUCGGCUCCGCUACGUCCCUCGCGCCCUCCGCUGCGACCGCCGCGCUCUGGCGCGGUUGGGCCGAGCAGGCGCGCGCGCUCGUGCCGCUCGUCGCGCUGUUGCAGUCGGCGGGCAGCUUCGACGCGCCUCCCCCGCGCUGCCUGCUGCUGCUCGCCGCGCCCGACGUGACCGCGCGCAACGCGUCGCUGCGCGGCCUCGACUCGCUGCUGCGGCUCAAGCGGAUGCACUCGCGCGUGCGCGCGGCGGCCUCCAAGGCGUCGGAGAGCGCCAGCCUCAACUUCCUGGCGCGGCUGCUCGGCGAGGGAGGGCCGAUCCACACGGCGCUGCUCACGUCGGGCGGCUCGCCGCUGCCGUCGGAGCUGCUGCCGGUGGCGCGGCUGCUGCUCGACCACUCGCACCGCGUGGCGAACGAGCCGCGGAUCGGCUCUGCCGUCGCGCAGCUCUGGCCGAUGGGCGGGUCGCUGCUCGCUUCGCUGCUGCACGACGUCUUCCUCUCGCAGCACGGGCGGUGGAUGCUGCGCCGCGGCUUGUGCGCGCUGCAGGCCCAAGAGGAGGAGAUGGCGCCGCCGGACGAGGUUCGCUUCCCGCGCGAGCUGCUGCACGGGCUCAAGAAGUGGACUCUCAUGCCUGCGGUCGGCGUGCGCGGGUGCGUCGUGGCGCACGACGACCUCAAGGCGGACAGCGCGGUGCCGGCCUCGCGCAUCUUCUCGAUGCGGGACGACCCUCGGACGGGGCAGCCGUUGCCGUGGACGCCGGUGAUCCGCGUGGCCGCCCGCUGCUACACCACGCUCGGCAAGGACGGCCAGCCAGUGCGGCUCGUCCUCGACACUAAGAACUUGGUGCGCAUCCGGCGCGUCGGCUACUUCACCGAGGCGUCGCUCUUCAACGCGCGCGUCACCGCCGCGGGGCUCGCUGUCCGCGCGGCGGAGCGCACCGAGUCGGCAGCGCGCGUGCUGCUCGCCAAGGACGACGCGGAGCAGGAGGCCGAGUUCAACUUCAUCACGCUCAUCGACCUGCCGGUGCCGCCGUGGCGCAUGCCGCUGCACGUGUGGAUGCGAGGCAUGCAGGUCGACCUCACGAUGGUCGGCUCGGCGCGGCAGGGCGAGAAGCUCCUCUCCCUCGAGUGGGAGGCGGCCUCGCCAGAGGACGAGGCGCGCGGCCGCGUCGGCUCCGUCAUCAUCUGCCUUGACCGUUUGAACGGUGAGGUGCGGCUGCCCGAGAUUGGCCUGCGGCUGCUCGGCACGGAGCGGCACAAAGACUUGCGCGCCAAGGGGCGGAACGGCAAGAUCGUCGCCCGCCUCCGCCUCGCCAUCGAGAAGGGCGGGGCGCUCGCGCCGGCCGGCACGCAGCCCGCGGCACUCGGCCCAGGCCUCUACCUCACCGCCUCCUCCACCGUCAAGGGCGGCACGCGCACCGGCCUCGUCCGGCUCGCCGCCUCCGCCUCGGGCCUCAUCUCCGCCUUCACGCCCGAGUGGAUGGCGAACAAGCUCUGGCGGCCGGUGCUCACCUCGAUCGAGGAGGCCAUCGUCGAGAACAACCAGUCCAACCCCGUGCUGCUGGUCCAGGAGCUCCACCUCCUCGCCGACGUCGCGACCUACCUCCAGCGCGCGAUGCGCCGCCAGGCGGACCGCGAGACGGCACUCGAGCAGAGCCUCAAGGUCAAGUACGCCCGCCGCCUCCUCGCGCGGGCAAAGGCUCUCAUGUCGCUCGCCGCCGUCGCGUCGAGCUCGCGCGCCACGGCAGCUCGCCUGCGGCCGCGCCGCUCCCUCGGGGGCGCCUUGUCUGACAGCUCGGGAGCCGUCCUGCAGGCGCGCCCGCAGCGGCACCGCUCCCUCGAGGAGGGCGGGCGGGCCUCGCUCUCCGACGGGUGGCAGUCGCGCCGCUCGAUCUUGCGGGCGAGCCAGGCGGCGGCGGCGGGCUGGCGCCGCGUCUACGUCGUGCUCGGCGGCGGGCGGCUGCGCGAGUACCGGAACUUGCAGGCCGCCCGCGACGACAUCGUUUCGCGCCUCGCGCAGCGCGGGUCCGACGUGCGCGCGGCGCGUGUGGGCCGCGAGUGGUGCCUCGAGCUGGAUGUGCAGGGGCUAAUGAAGGCGCUCGAGCGGAAGACGUACGCGUGCGAGACGCAGGAGGGACGCCGCCGGUGGGCCGAUUGCGCGCGGUUGGAGGCGCGGACACCCGCGCGGCUCAGCCUCGAGUCCGCCAUCGGCCAGGCCGGCCACUCCAUCACGAGCGCCUUCAGCCAUCUGCGGCUGCCGCUCGGCCUGCGCAGGGCGCACGUCGCGCCGUUCGAGGAGGGCGCCGCCACGCCGACGCGGACGCCGCCCUCGCCCGUCUUCCUGUCUGCCUGCUCGCACGCCGCCGCGCCACGCGGCGGCUCGCGCCCCGCCUCCCCGGCCGCCGACCCCGCCGCCGAGCCGUCGGAGGGGCAGGCGCGCGCCUCGACCGCCUCGUCGGCUCCGCGGCGCCUGGCCGGCGCGUGCUCGUCCGCCACGGGGACGGAGUGGUGCAAGCCGCUGCCGCUCCCCCCCUCGCUGGCGGCCCUCGAGCCGGCGCAGCGCCUCUCGGGCCGUUCGCCCAGCUCGCCCCGAUGGCAGCGCCUGGCGCAGGCCAAGCUCGAGGAGAUUGGCAAGGAGAUCUCAAAGACGAGCGAGGAGAUCGGCAAGGCGGCGCAGGCCAAGCUCGACGAGAUUGGCAAGGCGGCGGGCUCGUCGCAGCGCAAGGCGCAGGAGCGGGUGAGCGCGCUCGUCCACUUUGCGCAGGAGCAGGAGAUACCGGAGGCGAGUCGACGCGUCCCCCCGCCGCUGGCGCGGACGCUGCACUUCUCGGUCGAGUGAGGCGCCCCUACCCUUGCGCAGUGAGAUUAUACGUCCGGCGGGUGUACUGUAGCGUGUGCACCCACAACCGGUGUGCGCGUAUGGUGUCUUGAGUCAUGUGCACAUGUACAUAUGGGCGCACGUCGGAGCAGCGUCCGAGCAACGUCGUACUGCGGAAAGUACAGAGCUGCGCCGUGGAGUACU